AUGCGUUGCUAUUGUUUUGCGGCAAAUCUCCAAAGCUUGGAAACGGGGUCCGGGAAAUACCUUUGGGAAAAGGUGGAGUUGGUCAUGGUUUCGGUCCGGGUGGUCUGCUGGCGGGGAUCGGGCGGCGCCCAUUUGCUUUCUUGUGCCUCUUCUCUCAUUAUUUUCAUUAUUCGGAGAUGGACCAUUCUCAUCUAUUGCUUGAUAUUCCUGGGAGGUUUCAUUCUCUUGUUACAACGAAACGGGGUUUAUAAGCAUCUCAGGGACAUUGGGGAGUGUUGGGCGGUGGGUUCUCUCGCACCUUGUCUGGGAGCACUUUUUCGCGAGCAUAUUUUGGAGACGUUGUGUUGUUUCUGGGGAGCAGGCAUGACACGAUAA